AUGAUCCGGGCUGACACUCUACAGGCAGCGCCGAGCUUCGCGGGCAUCUCGACAUAUGGUCUGCUUCCGCAUCAAGCUUGCCUAGACGACGAGUCUAUUGAAUAUGAUAUUGGAAUUAUUGGUAUUCCUUUCGACGUCGGCGUUUCUUACCGACCAGGCGCCCGGUUCGGACCAAGUGCCAUCCGACAGGCCUCUCGCACUCUGACCCUCGCCGGAGGCUACAACGUCCCACUGGCUGUCAAUCCUUUCAAGUUUUGGGGCCGCGCUCUCGACUGCGGCGAUAUUCCGGUGAUCCCAUACGAUAAGCACGAGGCGAUGGACCAAAUCGAGCGCGGCUACACGAGCCUCCUACAGCGAAACACCUACACAAAGGAGUUUUCCAGCACCAAGACAGGCUCCCAGUCGAUCCCGCGGCUCCUCACGCUCGGUGGCGACCAUACAAUCCUCCUCCCGAUCCUUCGGAGCAUCAAAAAGGUGUACGGGCCAAUGACGGUCAUCCACUUCGACGCACAUCUCGAUUCGUGGAACCCUUCGGCAAGCGCGCCGACCAAGGAGGCCGUCCUUACUCACGGGAGCUUCUUCUACCUGGCCAGCAAGGAGGGCCUCCUCCACAACGACACCAACAUCCACGCCGGCCUCCGCACGACGCUCGGCAGCCUUGCCGACUACGAAGACGACGACAAGUGUGGAUUCGUCCGCGUCGAGGCGCACGAGAUUGACCGAAUUGGAGUCGACGGCAUCAUCGAGAAGAUCAAGAAGCGCGUGGGGCUCGAGAGGCCGGUGUACCUGUCAAUGGACAUCGACACGCUGGACCCGGCCAACGCACCGGCGACAGGCACGCCCGAGACUGGCGGCUGGACAUCGAGGGAGAUGCGGACCAUCAUCCGGGGCCUGGCAGACCUCAACAUAAUCGGCGCUGACCUGGUCGAGCUGGCCCCCGCGUACGACACCAAUGCCGAGGUGACGGCCUUGGCCGCCGCAGCUCUGAUUUAUGAGGUGAUGAGCAUCUUUGUGCAGAGAGGCCCCAUGAGGCUUGAGUAA